AUGGACUCGUCCCUAGCCGACCACGACCUCGAGAAGCUCAACGAGAAGGACAAGCUGGAGCUGCGGUCGUUCCUUGCCAACGAGAACCAGAAGGCGCGCGUGCAGGCGACCGUCCACUCCCUGACCGACAUGUGCUUCAAGAAGUGCGUCACGGGCACGAUCCGCGGCGGCAAGCUGGACGGGAGCGAGGAGGGCUGCAUAGCGAACUGCACGGAUCGGUUCCUUGAUGUCAGCCGGUUGACGGUGAACCACUUGCAGAAUAUGCGCCAGGGUUGA